AUGGGGGAAGUAGAAGAAACAAAUUAUCGGCCAGGGAAUGGGCUGACCAGAAGGGUUCAGGGGGUGGGCGAGGGGCUGGAGGGGGUCACGCUUCCAUCGCCAUUUGCAGCAGAAAUGACUGAAGCUGAAGCAGAUGCACUUGUGAACAACCACCGAGCCCUCUACCAGCAAGCUCUCAAGCGCCGUGAGACGAUUGCUAGCAGCGUCGGCAAGACCAAGUGUGUUCACACCCUCUCUGGUGUGCCGGUUCCUCAGAAAAAAUCCCGCGCCGCUAAGUCCGGUGGGCAGAAAGGCAAGCGGAGGAGGAAGGCUGGAGCUACUACAGGCAGUCAAGCUGACUUACCUGCUCCCGCGUCGACCGAGGAGGAGCUUGUCACAGACGGGCUCCUGGGCCUCCCUCUGCCAGCAAGUUCCCAGCAGCAGCAGCAGACCGUUACGAACCUGAACCCUCUGCCCGCGGGUUCUCAGCAGCAGCUUCUCGCGAGCUCUCUCCCGAACCGUCCUCGUCCCGUAAAGGCUCUCGACACUUUCACGUGGCUGAUAACAGACGCGCCAGUGGAGUGCAUGGAGUUCUUCCCAACAUUCGAAGUCUUCCAACCUCACCUCAUCACCAAGUACCAGCUGUGUGGAGUGAAUCGCGACGAGUAUUUCUACGCGACUGGCGGCAGAAUCGAGUUCGAGAAGCUGGUGAUGAAGGUCAUCAAAACGAAACGUUCAAACACCCACAAGAAGGUUCGUUUCUAUGCAUGGGGGGCGGGUGGGUUGGUGGAUGAGAGCAAGUGGCCGUUGCUGGCGGUGGAGCAGAUCAUUCCUUCUAAGAAGCGCACGGAAGAGAAGUGGCUGGAAGAAUUCAGGCAUGUGCGCGCGCUGGUGCAGCUGCAGGAGGCGUGGCGCGCGUGGGCGGGCAACAGCAACGCCACCACGGCGUGCUCUGCGUGGGCUGGCGUCACCUGCAGCCCCAACGGGGCCGUCGUUGCCCUGGACUCCAAGGCCUUUACCAUGGAUCCUCCUCCCACUGGCACCAUUCCUGCUGCCAUCACCGACCUCGCCGCUCUUCAAUACCUGUCCGUCCGCGCCUCCCCCUCCCUCUGCCCUCUGCCCUCUGCCCUCUCCCCCUCCCGCUCCCUCUCAUCUUGCCUGCACCAUCGUGCCUUCUUCUCUUCCUUUGCUCAUCCCAUCCCUGGCCUCCGUUCAAGUUUCUCCCAUUCAAUUCCUCCUUGUGCGCUGCUGCCCCAAUACAGUGCAUUGUACUUCCUGCUUCCACCACUCCCUUUUCAUGCUUCCCCUGCAAACUCACUUGACCUUACCAUCCAUCCCUUCCCUCCCUCCCUCCCCCUCCCCACCCCCUCUCCCACUUCUCUCUUCCUGCCCAUCCCUUGCUCUAGAAUUUGA